AUGUUAAAGCCAAUUAUUUUCGUCAUUUCUUUAGGUGCUUCAUUAUCUAGUGCAGCUUCCAUCCCAUUUGGAACUUUUGCGGAUGUUAAACAAAUUGGCUCUCAGAAGAACCUGUUUCCCUUUCUAGGGGGUUCUGCACCAUACUUCUCUUUUCCUGCUAACUACGGUAUACCUACGGAUAUUCCUGAAGGUUGUAGAUUAACGCAAGUCCAAAUGAUUGGCAGGCAUGGUGAAAGGUAUCCUACCAGAAGUGAGGCCAAGGAUAUUUUUGAAACGUGGCAUAAAAUAUAUAAUUAUACAGGCAAGUAUGGUGGAUCACUAUCUUUUUUAAAUUAUGGAUAUGAAUUUUUUAUUCCCGAUGAAAGUUAUCUGGAAAUGGAGACAACCUUGCAGAAUUCAAUCGAUGUGUUGAACCCAUAUACGGGAGAAAUGAAUGCAAAGAGACAUGCAAGAGAAUUUUUAGCGAAAUAUGGACAAUUGAUGGAGAACUGUUCUAACUUCCCUGUCUUUGCCACAAAUUCAAAAAGAAUCUAUGAUACUGCCCAAUAUUUUGCCGAGGCUUUGGGCGAUGGCUUCAAUAUAUCACUACAAACACUCAGCGAAGAUCCGUCCUCAGGUGCAAACACAUUAGCUGCUAAAAGUUCAUGUCCUAAUUGGCACUCGAAUGUCAACAAUGAUAUACUAGUAUCAUACUCGAGAGACUAUUUAGAAAAUGUUUCUAAUCGUCUCAAUGACGAAAAUAAAGGGCUGAACUUAAGUAUGAAAGACGCAGCGGCCUUGUUUUCUUGGUGUGCCUUCGAGUUGAACGCAAGGGGCUAUAGUAACAUCUGUGACGUAUUCACUGCAGCAGAGAUGAUACACUAUUCUUACGAGACCGACUUGACGAGCUUUUAUCAAAACGGUCCCGGAUACAACUUGAUCAAAUCUAUAGGUGCCAAUUUAUUCAAUGCAACGGUGAAACUACUACGAGAAAGUGCGCAUAUGGAUCAAAAAGUUUGGUUGAGCUUUACACACGAUACUGAUAUCCUUAAUUAUUUGACAGCUGUAGGAUUGAUUGAUGAUACCAGGAAUUUGACCACCAGUUAUGUUCCUUUUCGCGACCAUUCCUAUCACAAGUCAUGGUACAUUCCUCAAGGGGCUAGGGUCUAUACGGAAAAGUUUCAAUGCUCAAACGAAUCGUACGUCCGUUAUGUAGUUAACGAUGCUGUGAUUCCUAUUGAGAGCUGUUCAGAUGGUCCAGGUUUUUCAUGCGAAGAGAAUCUAUUUUACAAGUAUGCAAAAGACAGGUUACGAGGUGUAAGUUUCUAUGAAGAUUGUGAUGUUUCCAAAGUUAGUAAGGAAAAGGAACUGCGGUUUUAUUGGGAUUGGAACACAACAAGGUAUAAUGCAUCCUUAGUGAAUCAAUAA